AAGAGAUAAUUGAUUCCAUUAUGUGUGCGUCAGCCAAAUACAACACCCGGGGUCCAGCCCUCAUCCCAAGGAUGAAAACCAAGCAUCGCAUCUACUACAUCACCCUCUUUUCCAUAGUUCUGCUUGGCCUAAUUGCCACAGGAAUGUUCCAGUUCUGGCCUCACUCCAUUGAGUCAUCCAGUGACUGGACAGUUGAAAAACGCAGUGUCCAUGAUGUGCCUGUGGUCAAGCUUCCCGCCGAUAGCCCCAUUCCUGAGCGGGGAGACCUCAGCUGCAGGAUGCACACUUGCUUCGAUGUCUAUCGAUGUGGCUUCAAUCCUAAAAACAAAAUCAAGGUGUACAUCUACUCACUGAAGAAGUACGUGGAUGAAUACGGGACGUCGGUGAGCAACACCAUUUCCAAGGAAUACAACGAGCUGUUAACUGCCAUCUCCGACAGCGAGUUCUACACUGACGACGUCAACCGCGCCUGCCUUUUCGUGCCAUCCAUAGAUGUCCUCAAUCAGAACGCUCUCCGUAUCAAGGAGACAGCUCAGGCUUUGGCACAGUUAUCCAGGUGGGAUCGAGGCAUGAAUCACUUGCUCUUCAACAUGCUGCCUGGAGGGCCACCAGAUUAUAACACUGCCCUCGAUGUUCCUAGAGACAGAGCUCUGCUGGCUGGUGGAGGCUUCUCCACGUGGACUUACCGGCAAGGCUACGAUGUCAGCAUUCCUGUGUACAGCCCGUUGUCAGGGGAAGUGGAUCUGCCAGAAAGAGGACUGGGACCUCGCAGGUAUUUCAUUCUGUCAUCUCAAAUGGCUCUGCACCCGGAAUACCGGUCUGAGUUGGAAGCUCUUCAAGCUGAGAAUGGGGAAUCAGUGCUGAUCCUAGACAAAUGUACAAAUCUGUCAGAUGGGGUCCCUGCUGCUCGCAAACGCUGCCACAAGAAUCAAGUCUUUGAUUAUCCUCAGGUGCUCCAGGAAUCUACGUUCUGUGUCGUUCUACGUGGAGCCCGCCUGGGACAGGCUGUGCUAAGCGAUGUUCUUCAAGCUGGCUGCAUCCCAGUCAUCAUUGCUGACUCCUACAUUUUACCUUUCUCUGAGGUUCUGGACUGGAAGAGGGCCUCAGUUGUCAUCCCUGAAGAAAAGAUGCCUGAAAUGUACAGUAUUCUGCAAAGUGUCCCCCAGCGACAGAUUGAAGAGAUGCAAAGACAG